AUGGCAACAAAAUUGAAUUAUAAUCCUCCAAAGGAUGAUGGCUCAACGUACAAGAUUGAACUUGAAGGGAUAUCUGUUGAUAUCAUGAAAGAGAUACUAGACUACAUUUUCAGUGGGCAGAUCAGGCUAAAUGAAGAAACUAUCCAAGAUGUGGUACAGGCAGCUGAUCUCCUGCUGCUUACAGACUUAAAAACUCUCUGCUGUGAGUUUUUAGAAGGUUGCAUAGCUGCUGAGAACUGUAUUGGUAUUCGGGACUUUGCACUGCACUAUUGUUUGCAUCAUGUUCACUACCUUGCCUCAGAGUAUCUGGAAACUCACUUUCGAGAUGUCAGCAGCACAGAGGAAUUCUUGGAACUGACUCCUCAAAAACUGAAAGAAGUGCUGUCGAUGGAAAAGCUCAAUGUUGGAAACGAAAAAUACGUCUUUGAAGCAGUGAUUAGGUGGAUUUCUCAUGAUUCCGAAUCAAGAAAGGUUCACAUGAAGGAUGUCAUGUCAGCAGUGUGGGUUUCGGGCUUAGAUUCAGCAUAUUUACGUGAGCAGAUGAUGAGCGAACCGCUGGUACGGGAGAUCGUCAAAGAGUGCAACAACAUUCCCCUCACACCACCACAGCAGGGAGAGGCGAUGCUGGCCUCCUUCAAGCCCCGGGGCUACUCAGAGUGUAUAGUGACUGUUGGUGGAGAAGAGCGAGUAUCACGGAAACCAACCUCAGUGAUGCGGUGUAUGUGUCCUCUUUAUGAUCCCAAUAGACAGCUCUGGAUUGAACUUGCUCCUAUGAGUAUUCCAAGGAUCAAUCAUGGAGUAUUGUCAGCAGAAGGAUUUUUGUUCGUGCUUGGUGGUCAGGAUGAAAACAAGGGAACGCUAAGCUCUGGGGAGAAAUAUGAUCCAGAUACCAAUUCAUGGAGCUCCUUACCACCAAUGAAUGAGGCACGACAUAAUUUUGGUGUGGUAGAGAUUGAUGGAAUUCUGUAUAUCCUGGGAGGUGAGGAUGGUGAAAGGGAGCUCAUCUCUAUGGAGAGCUACGAUAUUUAUAGCCGGACCUGGACCAAGCAGCCAGACUUGACCAUGGUUAGAAAGAUUGGCUGCUAUGCAGCUAUGAAGAAGAAAAUCUAUGCAAUGGGUGGAGGCUCCUAUGGAAAACUCUUUGAAUCUGUUGAGUGUUACGACCCUAGGACUCAGCAGUGGACAGCAAUCUGUCCUCUGAAAGAGAGAAGGUUUGGGGCAGUGGCCUGUGGAGUUGCCUCUGAGCUUUAUGUAUUUGGCGGCGUCAGGAGUCGUGAUGACAGUCAAGCCAGUGAGAUGGUGACGUGCAAAUCUGAAUUUUAUCAUGAUGAGUUUAAAAGGUAA